GCCUACUGCGCGACCAGCGCCUUCGCGGCCGUAUGUGCGCUGGAAGGUCUCUUCAACAAGUCAGGGCUCGCUGCGAACGGGGCGGCGCCCGGCUCGGAGCCAGCUACAGCGGUGGUGGCAGCGGGGCGGCGUGUGGCGCUGGCGCUGGUUCAGGCUGGUGCGGUGGACCUGUGCGCUCGUGCGGUGGCGGCCCAGCCGCCGUCUUGCAACAACGCGCCUUGGCAGCAACUGAUCAACGCCUGCAUAAAUCUGUUGGCUUGCAUGAGCUCCGUGGCACGUGCGGCUGAGAAGGAGGCGGGCGAUGCAUCCAGCAGCGGCCCCUGCAACCGUGCUGCUAGCGGCAGCAGUUGCGGCAGCGAGGCGUCGCUUGGUGAACUGGUGCUUCCCCGGACGCCCGACGGCCGCCACGCCGCGCUGGCUGUGGAGCUGCUGGCGGCGGUGCAGCGCAGUGCGGUGCUGGAGCACAUGUCGCGGGCGGUACUGCAGCUGUCGGCGGCGGAGCGGCGGGGGCAGCGGCAAGGCCCGAUGCAGCUGGGUCAGCCGCAGCCGCAGGAGGCAGAGAUAGCGUCCCCGCUUGUGACUGCUGCUGCCGCCGCGGAGGCGGCGUGCCAGCACCCGGCAAAUCGACUGAUGUUUUUGGUCCUGUACCUACUGCACAUGUACAGCGAGCUUGACCACGAGGUCCAGGGCAAAGGCCGUGUGUCACCGGCGCUGCAGCUGCGGCCGGGGCCCGCCUCGCAGUUUCUGAGGGCGGCGCACGUGGUGGUGCAGGUGGCGGCGGCGGAGGAGGACGCGCGCUUCGCCGCGCUUCGCCGGGUGCGCGCCGCGGACCCUUCCUACGUCUGCGGCCCUGCACUGCUAGGCGAUGCUGGAACUGGGUCCGGAUCCGCCGCAGCUGCUACCACUACUGCUGCUGCUGCGGCGGCGAUGGCGGCGGUGCAGGCGCCACUGCUGUACGGGCUGCAGCCGGAGCAGCUGCCGCUGCCGGUACUUGUGGAUGCAGAGCUGACGGGACCGUGUGCAUGGGACGAGCAUGACUGUGUGGUGCUCGACGUCUUACAGCUCCUGCGCACAGUCAGUGACUGGACCAACAGCCUCACAACCGCAAGCCACAACUCGCCGCUGGGCCAGCCGCCGCCGCUGCCCCAGCCGCCGUCACAACAGCAGCAGCAGCAGCAGCAGCAGCUGGUUGGCAGGGGAGCCCGCUCGGCCUUGGCGCUGCGUGUGGCACGUGUGGGGCUGCAGCGCUGGCGUGGCUUCCUGGAGCUGCUGCAGCUGCCCGAGUGGGCCCAGGCCGCUGGGGGGGCUGCUGCCGGGGCUGCAGGCUCAGGCGGGGCUGGCAGCAGUGGGCCUAGCAGCUCGAGCUCGGGCGCGAGCUCGGCAGCAGCGGCCAAACCCGCCAAGCCACUGAACCAGAAGCAGCUGCGGCAGCAGGCGGCUACGGCGGCGAAACAGCAGCAGGCGGCUGUAGCCAAAGCGGCGGCGGCAGCCGCGGAGCAGCGGCGGGAGGAGAAGCGGCGCGAGGUCGCGUUAGCGGCCGCAGCUGCGCGGCGGAAUGCGCGGCUGAAGGCAUACCAGCGGGGCGGCAUACCGCGUCGUUUGUGCCCGGCCCUGGUCGCUGACUGCCUGGUGUACGUGUACAAUGUCCACACCUGCCGGUGGUGUGUGGCCGCCGCCUCAGACUCCGCGCGCCUUUACGUGUCGUCCAUGGCGCAGUCCGCCGGCCUGCAGGGCUCGGCGGCUGCAGCAGCGCCGGCGGCGGGUGGUGAGCGGCACGAGGACGGCGGCGCGGCGUUGGAGGGCUGGUGGCGGGCGGUCGUGCACUACCUGCGGCUCAUAGCGGGCGACCCGGAAGCCCUGUGGGCCACCGGCGUCAGGCUGGGCGCUGUGCUCACAGCAGUUAACUGGGCUGGGACUGGGCUGCGUGUUUGCUCUUGCUCAUCGCGCGCCGCCGCGCUAACAUGUUCCUUCGCUCUUGUUCGUGACACUCCCCUGCUGCCGCCCUGUGCUCUGUUGUUUUCUUAUUCGCUCGUAGCACUGGUCGGCGCCGGCACGGACAGCAUAGCUGAGCAAAGCGCUGGUGUGCGCCUGUACGGCGGCGCCUGGCCCGCCGGUCCCAAGCGCGCGCCCGGGUCCACGUCCAGCUCCACGUCCGGAGUGGCAGCCGCCCCGGCAGCAGCCCCGGCAGCAGCAGCAGCAGCAGCAGCAGCAGCAGCAGCUGGCGCCCAGGGCUCGCGGACGCAGCGGCCCAUGCAGGACCCGCCGCAGGACCCGCAGUGUAUGGGCCGUGAGGUCGCCGCCCUGCUGGCCGCCCAGCGCGCCAACCUGUACCGCGGCCUGAGCCUGGGGCUGCUGCCGGCGCUGGAGGGGCUGGCGCGGGCGAUAGGCCAGCAGUCCGCUGCGGACCUUGUGGACCUGGUUGACAGGGCCUCAGAGUUGGAGAUCGCCGCGAGGGCGUGUGCGCACAGCAGGGCCCUUGUGGACUGGGGCGCGCUGGAGCACCUGCUGCUGGCGGCGCCGCUGCGCCAGGCCGCGGGCUACCUGGCCACCACCGCCAAGCUCACGCGCGUGUUCUUGGCCGCGGCAGUCCGCAGCGUGUCCGAAUCCCGGCGCCCUGACAGUGACGGGGCUGUCGCGCCCGCUGACAACGCCGUGCCCGCGGUCCUGUUGGUGGGGGAGCAGCAGGUGCCGCUGCGCGUGCUGCGGGCCAUGCGGGCGGGCAGCCGGCACAGCAGCCGCCUCAGCAGCGGCCGCAGCAGUGCUGCCGGCGGCAACAGCAGCGGCACGAGCACCGCUGCCGCAAACCCCCAGCCAGGGAGCCAGGAGCAGCAGCAGCAGCUGCGGCGGCGGGUGGAGGUGGUGUCGCUGCUAGUCGCCACUCGGCUGCCAACCGCCUUGCUGAACUGGACGAUUGCCUCUGAGGGUGACUUGCUGACAACGCCAGCCGCAAGCGAGGCGGCGGUGGCGCUGGUGCUCUCUGUGCUGGAGUGGGUGCCGGUGCUGGUGCUGGCGCACCUGCUGGCACUCGAGCGCGGCGACGCCAAGGCGGCGGCGGAGUGGCGGAGCUUCAUCGUGGUGGAGGUCAAUCCGCUGCUGUCCAUUGCCAAGCUCGUCACCGGCGGCAGCGGGAAACUGAAGCUGAGUCGGGAGCAGCAGCUGUGCCUGGCCCGUGCGGCGGGAGCCAUGUCGGCAGGCCUGCACGCCGACGUCGUGCGCAACGACGGCCACCAGCUGCUGGCGGACGUGUUCGGGAGCUGCUUGUCAGCGGGCGUGCAGGCGGCGGCGGGGGCGUGCCAUGGCAUGCCUUGGGAUCUAGGCGAGCCGGGAGCGGCGGCGCGGGCGGAGGUCCUGGCGGCGCUGCGGGCCGGCGGCGGCAGCAGCAGCAGCAGCGGCAGCGGCCGGCAGGAGCAGGACGUCAGGGGGUCCUGGAUCACGCCGGUGGCGGUGGAGGACGUGGCGCUGCUGCUGCCGCCGGCCGAGGUGCGGCGGCGGCUGCGGCUGUGCGCCAAUGUGGGCUGCGUGGAGCUGCAGGGGGCCGCUGAGGCAUGUGUGCGGCUGGCGGUGGCGUGCCCGGGCUGCGGCGCGGUGCGGUACUGCAGCAGCCAGUGUGCGGGGCAGCGCUCGGGGUGUGUGGACCGGCCGGGCAUAACCUGCUGCUGAGCCGCGGCGCCGCGGCCGGUGGUGUCGCAGCCCGCCCGCUGCGGGGCAGCUGCGGCACCACCAGCGUAGCGGUGACGCGCCUAGGAGUGCGGUGGGGGUGCGAGGACGAAGCUGCUGAGUGCUGCUUGGUUCGCUUGCACGGAAGUGGGAAAUGUUCUUGCGCAGGGCUAAUGUAUGGGUUGGGGUCUUCAAUCUAUCGAGCAGAUGUGCAUGGCUGGCACCUCUAGACCGUGUGCACGAGCAAGGCGGCGAGGUGUGGUGUGGGGUGUGGCGCGGUGUGGUGCGGUGUGGUGUGGUGGGCGGGGCUGAGCGGGCUGCAGGCUACCGUGUGUGGGGCACUGGGCCUGUGGGUGCCACUUAUCUGCCUUGAGAGCCUGGGACUGCAGAGGAUUCAUGACUGUAAUCUGUGAGCAUG